AUGGCAAGGACCGCCGGCAAACACCAAUGGCCACCGGCGAACACCGGUGGUUACCGCUGGAGGUUGGCGAACGCCGAAGUUGCAAGUCACGGGCUUAUAACUCACGGGAUCGUACAACGGGCGCUAGGCCUACCGCGACUCGUUAUCGCGCGCAAGCGCGUGCACAGACACUGGGGGCAGCCGUCGGCCCCGAUCUCGAGCUUCCUCGCGUCGUACGUGCCCACCCCCUUCUUCCUCCUGCUCACCUUCGGCUACAAGCUCAUCUACCAGACCAAGAUGGUCGCGCUCGACGACAUGGACUUCUCGCACGUGAACGUGGACGAUGACGCCCAGCGCGACCCGGACUACGCCUCUCCGCUCGCGAAGGUGCUGGGCUGGCUGCCGGUCUCCUGGGGCCCGUCCGCCCUCACUCCACCGCCGUAUAUCCCCCAGACUUGUGGGAAUACGCCGCAGGUGGAUGCGCAGUCUGCACAAGUCACCUGUGUCACUGGGUAGCAUGCUUGUGCAAAAUCAUCGUCGGAAAGGAGCCUGAGUUUCUCCGCUUUUCACCUGAGAAACAUCGGAGACAAUACUUCACUUUUUACCAGUC